CCUUGAUGCAUGGUACAUAAUUUGAGAGUCUAACCGACUAAAAGUAAACAAAUAUUUACAAAGAGAGUAAAAAACCAAACAUUACCAUUACUUUUUAUUUGUACUUUAGAAUUGAAUCAGUAUUCUGUGUAUUAAUCAAUUUGAUCUGCAGUAUUUAGAAAAGCAUAACUCUUUAUAGAAUGGACGAAGAUGUUGAGUUUCGUGAUAUGGUUUUAAAAAAGCUCGAAGAGAAUGGAUCAUUGCUGGACAUAAAGGCUAAGCUUCGUGCAUACCUCUACAGUAUUAUUGAAAACGACGGCAAACAAUCUACUGAAACCCUACACGAUAGCGAUAUAGUCUACAACGGUGACAAAACAGAUUUUGACGAUGAGGAAGAUAAACCAGAGGAGCAGCCAGAGCCGACCAAUCGAAACCUCUCGCUGAGCCUGGUGUUCGAUUUGCUAGACUGCAUGAAAUUGUCUUACACAAAGCAAGUAUUACUAGCGGAAGCUGGAGCUAAAAACCUCUUUCCACGAGAGCGUUUGUUGAAGGUGAUGACGGUAGAUUGUGACACCACCACCUCGAACGAGUCGGUAGAAAGCGAGCCUGUUCUCUAUCAACUGAUUGAGCGCAGUAAACCUUCGUUUUCAUCUAGCGAAAGCGAUGGUGCUCAAACGAGUAGAGAUUGUUCUACGGGAGAAAAGACGGCAACCUAAUUCACCAUGACCAAUCGUGAAGACAAUAACAUUCCCAGAAUUUAGAUUUAAUACUUACUUUAGUGUCUUAAAUGUGUCGUAUUUUAUUCUAAGUGCUUUUACAUGUUUUA